UAGCCACAGAGUGUGGUCGGUGGCAGAUUUCUGUCUUCCUUGUCCGAGACACGGGUGUGGACAUAUAGACCAUUUCACCGAUGCUAGACACAAUGACAGGGUUCACAAUCCUGUUAUUGCAGGUGCUGCUGGUCACUUUCGUUGAAUCACAAUUGAGCCUGGAAUGUCCAGCGGGUUACGACAUAAAGGAUUCGUAUUGUUACAAGAAGGUUUAUGCAACUUUUCCCUGGGAAAAAGCUCAAGAUGCAUGCGAAAGAGAGGGAAGUCGACUUGUAUGGAUUGAUGACUGGUAUGAAAAUGACUAUGUUCAAAAGUUACUAACUACGGCACCAGAGAAAAUGUAUUGGACAGGUUUAAAAAAGACGGACAGUGAAUGGAAAUGGACAGGAAACUCUAAAAGUUAUAAUCUCUAUUAUGGCUUUUGGGAAACAAUGCAGCCAGACACCAGUAGUGAUGCAGAGUGCGUGGCUGGAAUGGUGAAUGGCAAUUGGAUGCUUGUACCAUGUCAGAAAAUGUUGCCGUUCAUUUGCAAGACAACAGCUUACCCACCUGGUUCAUUUAAAUGUAGCAAGGGACCCGCCAUCAGUAAUAUGCAUAAAUGUGAUGGGUAUAAUGACUGUGAAGAUGGUUCCGAUGAGGUACCAUGUGACUCUGGUUCGUAUUGUAACUGGUACAGCUCAGCAUCAAGUGGAACAAAGCAAAUUUACUACCUCACGAGUAAGACAUGUCUGUUCACAUUGAAGGCAAACAUUGGUGAGAGGAUAAAAGUCACGCUUUCUUCUGCACUUACAACCAUAGAAGAGCAUGCUGAUUCACUGAAGGUAUACACUGGUGGCUUAACAACAUCUGAAAGCUAUUUAAUAGGUACAGUGAAAGGUUCCUUGAGUCAAGGGACAGACUUUCAUCUCUGGUAACCAUUACAUGAUCCUAAGGAUGACAACUGACCAAUCACGGGAAGGCCAAUUCAUCACCAUGACCUGGACCAAUGUUGUCCCAGAGAUCUUCAACUCACCACGCAGCUUGACUGGUACCUCAUCCUACACAGAACUGUUAUCGCCAUUCUAUCCUAGUAUGUUACCUUCAGAUCUGGCUAUGGCCUGGG